GUACUGUACUGUUCCUGGGGUAGGGGGACCAGGGGUUGUACUGGGGUGAAGGAUGUUCACAGGCUCCACACCACCCCCAGCCUCUCCAAGCUGAUCCGGGUGCGUUCCCCAGAGAGGUGCCCCUCUGCUAGCGCUGAGAAUAAACACCAGGCCCCUGCUUCGAUCCAGACCAGGCCUCAUUAAGGUAGCUAAGGCCUAAAGAGGAGACCCAGCGGAGCCCAAGAGCAUUACUAUCCCUACUCCUGGGGCUGGGGUUAAUGCUGGGGCUGGCAAGCUGAAGAAGGGCAAGAAGCAGCAGCAACGGCAGAAACACUGCCUCCAGAACAAACCAGACCAGACCCAGAUCCAAAGCAGCUGCGAGUCGCAGAAAACUGUCCCAACAUUUCUGAUGCUGUGGGUUCUAAGGCUGGUUCUGGUUCCAAACCACACCGCACUCGGCUGAGAGCCAGAGAACCGGGCCAAGGAGGGCAGAGGAGACCAGGCCCACCGCAGCAGGCCACCAACGGACAGAUGAUAGCGUGGGUGCUCCCAGUGCCCAAGAGGGAGGGGGGAGGACGCAAGAGCCAAAAAGUCACUCUGUCACCUCAGCCAAUCACAAACCAAGCCCAGCAGCAGCCCAAGGGGAAGAAUAAGGAAGAACAAGCAAACAAGGGAGAGAAAACCAGCCGCAACAUCGAGGAUGUGUUUCUCCCUAAAGACGUAGACCCAAAAGAAAUGAUGAGAUUGAUCGUGAGGUUGGAAUACUUCAAAAGUAACGCUCAGCCUCUGUGACAAUCCAAAACAUUU